AUGUUAGUCUUACCUUCUAUUCCAUUUUCAGACCCCCAAAAGGUGGCCUCAAAAAACAGUAAGAGGUGGACAGAGGCUGGGAGAAGGACCCCCGAAAGUUGGCCUCAGAAAAUAGUGGACAGGGGCUGGGAGAAGGACCCCCGAAAGUUGGCCUCAGAAAAUAGUAAGAGGUGGACAGGGGCUGGAAGAAGGACCCCCAAAAGGUGGCCUCAAAAAACAGUAAGAGGUGGACAAAGGCUGGAAGAAGGACCUCCGAAAGCUGGCCUCAGAAAACAGAAAGAGGUGGAAUGGGAUGAGAACGACUUCGGAAAUUUGGGCCUCAGCAAACGAGAUUAGAAGGAAAGGACGAUGCGUCUUCGAAAUUGGCGGAAGACGCCAAAAUUUCAUGUCGAAUGUCAACUCGUUUGUAAUGCUUAUUACCUUGCAUUCAUGUGAUUAAAUUUUUGUAAUUCUUUGAUCCAAUGUUGAAUAAAAUUAGUUCAG